AAGUUAGGCCUGACCCGGAUAUAGGAUUUCAUUCCUCAAUCAUCUCUUUCUUAUUUUUCUUUUUAAAUAAAGUAAUUUAGAAAUAUAUAAACAAUACCCAUUGUGACAGGAAAAAAAAGAUUCGUUUUAAAAAAAUAAAUAUUGAAGCUUUGGUCUGGAGUAAAAGUGGGGAAAUGACGAUCGACGACGAAAGUUCGGUGUAUGUGGGAGGGCUUCCCUACGACGCCACCGAAAGCUCCAUCCGCCGAGUCUUCAGCCUCUACGGCGCCGUCGUCGCUGUUAAGAUUGUUAAUGAUCAUACAACUAGAGGGAAAUGCUAUGGCUUUGUUACUUUUACAAAUCCUCGUUCAGCCUAUGAUGCCAUCAACGAUAUGAAUGGCAGGACUAUUGAUGGUCGGGUUGUAAGAGUUAAUGAAGUGACCACCAGGGGGGGCAGAUCAAAUUUCAGUAGGGACCGCCCUAGACGGAGUGAGUGGGAUAGGGGGCGUGACAGAGAAAGAGAUCAUGAUCGUGAUAGAGAACGGUAUCGGGAUCGGUAUAGUGAUAGAUCCGGAGAGCAUGAUCGGUCUCGGGACUAUGAUUCUGGAAGAGAAAGAGGAUAUGAGCAUCAUGAACAUGAUAAAGCUGGGGAAUAUUCAUUGGAUAGAGAUCAUGGCAGAGAUGUGGAUGAUCAUAUGCAAGGAGAAAGCAGGGACCAUAUUCAGGAUUGGGAUAGGGAUCACGAGCUGAAUUUGGAUCAAGAUAGGGAGCUUGCUAUAACUAAUGGUUACCGUAGAAGUGUUGAUGAGGACAAGGAGCAACAACCAAGGAGACGGAAUGGUUCAACGAGCAAUGAUCAUGGCAGAGGACGGCUUUCAUCAGAUUCAAGUGAUGAUUACAAUCAGAUGAAAAAAGAACUGGAAAGAUCAAUUCAGAGCCGAGAAGAACUUAAAACAGAGAUUUCGCUGAUGGAAGGGAGGUUAGAAGAGAGACAGCAUAUUGUUUUGGAUUUACAGAAAAAAUCUAAGAAUCUCGAAGAUGCACUAAUUGCUGCAAAGAAGGUUUCGUCACGCCGCAAAAUGCAUUUAACCAAGCUGCAUAAGUGUUUCCUGCAAGUAAAGGAGUGUAGGGAAAAACUUAAAAGCUAUGAACAAGAACUUCAGACCCUUGUUGAGUCAGCAAUGCUAGAGUGUGAAGAUGAUGGGGGUGUAAAGGGUGGCAGUCUGGCAAAUGGGAUUGCAUGAUUUGUGUUGGAAGUAGUUCACUAGUCCUCUGAUUUGUCACGUUUUGGUUGGAGUACUUAAACCUUUAUGUAGAUAGAGCAUGAGAAAGAAGUGAAGUACAAUUAAAGUAGCUUCUUUUUUUUGAUGUAUAUACUGAUAAUUUUUAGAAUGUUGUUAUGCUCUAGUGUUCUUUAUUAAUGUAACAUCAUAACAUUUGGUGAUGCACAAAUGAAAGGAUUAUUUUAUUCUAA